CGUCAUCUGGACCCUUCGCCUCCACCACCCGGCCCCGUCGCAACUCCCGGCAGGAGCGCAUCAGCCUCGCGACUCAUCGCCCUGCCCGUCCAGCCCCGGGGAACAAGGUCCAUACAGACUAUGGCGCUGGCCGCACCACCGGCAAACGAUCGCAAGCGCGUCAAGGUCUACGAGCUCAAGAAUGGCGACUGGUUCGAUCGAGGCACCGGCUUCUGUACCGGCUCUAUGGUGAAUGACGAAGCCAAAAUCUUCGUACAAUCCGAAGACGAACCCAUCCGUACCCUGCUCGAAACGCGCAUCACCAAGGACGAUGGCUACCAGAAACAACAAGACACUCUCAUCGUGUGGACGGAACAGAAUGGCACCGAUAUGGCACUCAGCUUCCAGGAAGCUGAGGGUUGUGGGGCGAUAUGGGACUUCGUCAAUGACGUGAUGGACAUGAGUCCCAACCCGAUUAUACUACCAGAACCCGACCUCGGCAACCUACCGGACGUCGAGAACCUGAUGCGCGCCGCAAGCAGUACUCCCGCCGGACGCGAUGCGCUAGCGAAAUUUAUUGUCCAAGCCGGCUACAUUACCAAACUCGUCCCGCUUGUGGAGACUGCCGAGGAUUUGGAAAGCCUCGAGGACCUGCACCGAUUGUGCAACAUUAUGAAGACGCUGAUAUUACUAAACGACACAGCAAUAAUCGAGUAUUCCGUGACAGAUGAAGUCGUCCUUGGAGUCGUCGGCGCCCUAGAAUACGACCCGGAUUUCCCAAGCCACAAGGCGAACCACAGGCAAUACCUUGCGGAUGAGUCAAGAUUCAAGGAAGUCGUGAAGAUAGAGGAUCCGCAAAUCAAGAAGAAGAUCCACUAUACGUAUCGGCUUCAAUACCUCAAGGACGUCGUCCUUGCGCGCAUCCUUGACGACCCGACCUUCUCUGUUCUCAAUUCUCUCAUAUUCUUCCAUCAGGUGGAUAUUGUUCAGCAUUUGCAGGGGAACCAGUCGUUCCUCAAGGAAUUGUUCGGUAUUUUUGGACCUCAAGAGACCAACCAGCAGCGCAAGAAAGAUGCCGUGCUGUUUAUCCAGCAAUGUACCACGGUUGCAAAGAACCUACAGGCCAAUGCGCGCGCGCAGCUCUACUCCAACUUCAUCCAUGGUGGGUUAUUUACCGUCAUCACUUUCGCGCUUAGGCAUUCGGAUGCUGCCGUUCGUGUCGCUGGAACAGACGUCCUGGUCGCCUUGAUUGACCACGACGCGAUUAUGAUGCGGGGCCAAAUUUUCAAGGCCAUUAACGAGAAGCAGAAGCCUCUCACGGAUACGCUCAUCGAGCUUCUGCUGGUAGAGACAGACCUAGGAGUGAAGGCGCAGAUGGCCGACGCUAUCAAAGUUUUGCUGGAUCCUAAUGCCAAUUCCGUCACCAUGGAAACAUUGGGUCGGGCGAAUAGUGACUUCCUCGCCAAAGCGCGCGGCAAUACUCCUACCGCUCCCCAGACUGAGACCUUCAUACAAGCUUUCUAUGAUGAAUCUGCCAAGAAACUUUUCCAGCCACUGAAAGACUUGGAAAACCGCAAAUCAAUGGAUGACCUUACGAUACAAGAAGUGUCGCUGUACUCCCAUUUGGUGGAGGUACUGUGCUUCUUUAUUCGACAGCACUCGUAUAGGAGCAAAUACUUCAUACUUUCCGAAGGGCUUGCGUCGCGCGUCGCUCAACUCAUGGCUUGCCCAGAGAAACACCUUAAACUCACAGCUCUGAAAUAUUUCCGGACAUGUAUCGGCCUGCAUGACGAGUUCCACAACCGGCAGAUCAUCCAAAAUCGACUCUUCGAUCCCAUAUUGAACAUCGUCUACGAGACAAUGCCUCGCGACAAUCUCCUCAACUCAGCAUGCUUGGAAUUGUUCGAAUUCAUCAAACGCGAGAACAUCAAGGUCAUUAUCGCUCAUCUGGUGGAGAACUACCGGGAAAAGCUCCAAGACAUCACUUAUGUGUCAACGUUUGAAAACCUCAUCCGACGUUACGAACAAAUGCACGAGCCGCAGACGACUGCAGACUCAUCGUUUGCAAGCACUGAGACGGAGACACCGGGACGGCACACUAUUGGCGGUGGUCAAAGAUGGCAGGGACUCAAGGACGCCGAUGCCGAGGAAGAGGCUUACUUCAACACCUCUGAUGACGAAGAAGAGACGACACUACCAGAGGAUCCGGCAGCCGCAAAACCCGCCAACGGUGCAUCACCAGCUCGCCCUCUAGUCGACUAUCCCGAGGAUGACGAUGAUGCAAUGGAUGUCUUGCAAGAAGACCAGCCGGCGCCGACAUCGGAGCAACCCGCGACCAGCGCAACGCCUCCUAACUCUUCAUCGCCCCAAACCUCACCAACGCGAGAACGCACGCCUCUCGCAACACCACCGCCAGAACGUCUAUCUGAGAAGCGCCGCAGAGAAGAGGACGAAGAAGACGAGCUUGGCAAGAUCGCGAGCCAAACCAAACGACGUAGCUCAAGUUCUAGCGGAGCAGGCAGCAAAGGCAGUCCGAGCAAUGGCAAGAGUGGGCUCUUGCAGAGAAAGAACAGUCUGAAAAAGGAUGGUCCUCACAAGAAAAUCGCCAUUUCUCUUGCGGUCAAGAGCGGGGGUGAAGGCAAAGGCGAAGCUGCCGAAUGAACAUUUUAGCCGUGUCUCGUACUGACUUCGGUUUGGAAUC